AUGGCGGGCGACAAUGGACUGAGGCUACUUGGAGCCAAGAGCUUGCCGGAGAAGAAGCAGAAGCACGUUCUCCCAAAGGUCCUGGAAACAGAACGUGGGGCAGGAACCUGGAGGUUGCGAGGUAAGUCCCUUACGGCAAUCCUGUGCCUAUGGGCAUUCGCGCCGUUCCUCACGCUUCUGGCCAUCAUCUCCUGGGUACGGCACAAGCUAUGCGGUGGAACCUUUGAGAAGGGGGAUUCUGCGAAGAAGCCAUUGCGAAUUUUGGUCACAGGAGGCAAGAUGUCCAAGGCCUCGGCAGUGGCACGAGCCGUAGGUCGUGAAGGCCACACAGUCUUUACGGCUGAGAUCUCGCCGUACCAGCUUUGCCAUACACGCUUCUGCACUUACGUGUCCAAGCAUUACGUGCUGCCUCGACCGACAAAACAUCCAAAAGAAUGGGAGGCCACCAUCCAGAGAAUCGUCAAGGAGCAAAGCAUCGACCUCAUCAUCCCUUGCACAGCUCCCGUGGAAAGCACGGCUUACGCACACCUGAAACAGAGGCUGCCUCCUAACGUUCGUGUCUUUGCCUUCGAUGGUCCGACCAGUGAUGAGCUGGACAACAAGUUCACCUUCAACCAGGUGCUCGAGAAUGCCGGACUCCCUUGCCCGCAAACCGCUCACAUGACCUGCCUGGAUGAUGCGCUAAGGUUCUUCGAGACACUUCAGCCCAGUGACAAGAAAUUCAUUGUUAAGCCGGCCGUCUACGACCCAAAAGCUCGCACAGAGAUUCUCUUCCUGCCUAUUGACGACAAAGAGCGACAGUGGAAGUACCUCGCUUCCAGGAAUGCAACCAAGGAAGUUCCCUACGUCAUUCAAGAGGUCUUGCAAGAGCCGGAGUACGGCUGCUACGCCUUCUACAACAAGGGCCAUCUUACCGGCUUUGAGCUCUUUGAGUCUGCAGCCUCGUGCCUCGUGUACCGUCAGCUCCAGAAGCAGUAUGAAGAGGUCCGAGAUCUGUGCAAAGGCUUGGGGAAGAGCAUGAACCUUACGGGGCAGCUUACGCUGGAUUUGAUGCACACUGCUCAUGGACAGCUGGUGCCCAUGGAAUGCAAUCCUCGCAUCCAUAGCGCGGUGUGCACGCUGGAGGGCCACAGGAACCUCGCGUCUGCCUUCGCUGAUGCCGAUUUCGUUCCGGAGAGCGAUGCGGAGAUCGUGACAUCCAAGCCUGAGACAUUUCGCUACUGGAUCAUGGACCAGAUCUUUCUCUUGGCCGGGUUUUGGAAGCCGAAGAACUGCUUCAAGCUCAGCGUGUUGCAGAUGCUCAAGGGCGGCGACGCCCUGCUUUCUGGGGAUGAUCCCCUACCCUUCCUCGCCAUGUACUUGAUUCAAAUCCCCUCCCUGCUCGCUCUGGAGAUCCUUCACGGAACGGAGUGGCUGAAGAUCGACUUCUGCAUUGGCAAGAUUGUCAAGGCGGGGCUCUCUGCUCGCUUGGCCAUCCUGUCAAGGUUGUUGCCGAAGACUGCUCAUGUCGUGAUCUCAUGUCUGGCGGAUUGCCAGAUCCCGUUAGCUUGCUGCGGUCGGCUUGAGAUGUUGAUUGUGAGUAGCGGCGAGGCGUAUGAAGCUAGCAAUUCGUUUAGAGGUCUGCCUCACAAGAGUGCACAAGCCAUCCGCCAGGGGGACGGCUGCACGUGCCGAACUCAGGUGGAUCCUGCGCUCCGCGGGGUUAGCGGUCAGCAAUGGGCUUCGAAGAUCAACGCUCUGAAGCCUGCGAUUAACCCUUCGUGGAUGACCUUUACGCGUAACAUCUCGGAUGCAUUGGUUCAGGUGUAUGGAGGGCCAGAGCUAGCGGCUAGCCGGCAGCUGAGCCUGCGAGUCCGUGCUCGGCGACUUGGCGAAGAACGUCUGGUGCCGGCGGUGCGGAGGAGAGCGCUCAAGAGCUGGCAAUUUGCUGCGCGAGCCGAGGCCCAGCGCCGGCGUGCGGCCCCACGACGUGGCCGCCAGCUGUUGGCUGCCGUCCUCGGUGGAUGGCGACAAGGCACCAGGCUGGAGCAGAGGCUGCGAUGCCUUUGGAAACGACAGCGGCUCCGGCGCGCGAAGGCAGCCAUGAGGUGGUGGAGCUCGCAAGCAGACGUGCUUGCCCGGCGGAGGAGGACCGCGAGUGCCGUGAGAAGUCGCCUUCAAGCGACGCGAUGCGAGAAGGUCGUGACUGUCUGGCGACAACACGUUGCCGUGGCGUUGCGUCUGAAGAGGCACGUUCAGCAGCGAAAUCUGGCGAUCCUGGAGCAAUUUCUGCUCCACUGGCGCGAGCUCUGCUCCGCGCAGCUUUGGCGAAGGACCCGUUUUGAAGACCGGCUGAUGAAGCGCCGUCUCCGACCUCUGCUGGGCGCCUGGCAGUGGCACGUCCUCGCCGAGGCGUGCCUGAGGGCGAGGACCUCACAUCGCAACCAAGCUCUGGUGCUGCACAGCUUCGGAAGUUGGCUGCGGAGUACGGCACGUGUGCGCCGGUGUCGCCAAGUGGAGGCACAGCAGCACCUGGAGGCUAUGCCCGGGCUGCGCGAAACUUGGCGCCGUUGGCGUCUCCAGCAGAGACGCGGUGAUGCGGCCUGCCGGCACUGGCGCCAUUCUUACCUGCAGCUGGCGGUGCAAGUUGAAGCCUCACAGUGCAGUCUCAAGCUCCAGAAGCUUGCUUGGAAGUGCUGGCGAGAAAGUGGUGCUAUUGGUAUCACCAGGGACCUGCUAUCGUUUCGAAGGAGGCAGGCUGUCAGCUUCUGCGCGGCUGUGCUGCGUGCGUGGCGAGGUCAAAGUCGUCAUGAGAACGUGGACGAAGCUGGCGAAGCCGUGGAGGCUUUAGACUGCCUGGAAGUCUCUGCGAGCACAGCAGAGGACACAGAGGCCAACAGCACCUUGCGAGAUGUCCACCCUGAGACCGGCGGUGAGAUCAGUGCUUUCGAGAUUUCCACCAGCCUCUCGGAGAUCCGAGUGGUUUCUCCCACGGCCAGCGACUCGAAGGAGCCCGAGCCGGCGCUCGCCGAGCUUGAGCUCAGGGACCUCCCUCCGGUGCCCCCGUGCCCGUGGCCCAAGCAGCGCGUGGAGGCCCCAACUUCAACUCCACUCCGAUCCAUCUUGCGUUCUGUGCCUUCGCCAUCGAGAUCUCGGUCUGCCUCAUUGGCAUCCGAUGAUUCGAAGCAAGGUACGCCGGAAGCAGACAGCUCAAGCAGCGUCCGUAUCGGCAAGUUGGGCGCCGUGGUGCAGUGGCCCUGCACUGCGCUUCAGCGGGCGUCCAAAUCUCAGCGACGUGCCAGUCAGACGGGCAUUCUGCGAAGACGCGCCCUGGUCUUGACCAUCAAGCACUGGCAGGCGUUUCGAAGAGGUUGCCAUCAACUUCGCCUCGCUUGGCGAGCGUGGCGAGCGGAGCUCCAACAUGGGAUAGACGCAUGCUCGCGCCGCGCUGUUCACGAGAAGCGGCUCCUCCGCCGGGCCUUCCACGGCCUCUGCCCGGUAGCACCGAAGCACUCGGCAGAGCUCCGGCGGCAGCUGGCUUUGCAGGCGGCGCUUCUGCUCCAGUCCGUCCUUCGCGGCUGGCACCGGCGCUGUGAAGACGUGCAGCGUGCGGGCAAAGUUCUCCGGGCUGCGGCUUCCAGGUGGCGCCUUGGGGUUUGCUGGACCCUGUGGUGUGAGCUCGCUCAAAGAGCAGAGAAAGCACCCACAGUCUCAUGGGAGAUCUCUGCAAUUUCGACAGACUCCGGCUCUGCUUUGGAGCGCAGCCGGGCCUCUGCCUCUCAGCGAUCCGAGGGUCUGGGGCGUGGUGGGAGCAGCUGCUCGGAGCUCUUUGUGGAGACGCGGAUGCGUCAAGUAUCGCGUGUGGCCGACGGGCUUCGGCUGCGCGCCGCUGCGGCGGCGCGGCACUCGGCGCAGCUCCUUCGUGCUUGGCGUCAGGUCUUGAGGGCGAAGCGCUUCGACAUGCGAAAGGCAGCACGCCAUCGGGAGGAUGCCCUACAAUCUUUGCUCUGCUGGCAAUCCGCCACUUGUUUGUUUCGCCGACUGCGCUGCCUCACGUUGGAGCGGAGGAACCUCCUGCUGAAAGAAAGCUUUACCACUUGGUGGCAGCGCCGGGGGUGGCGCUUGGCAGCGAGUCAGCUGUGGCAUGCGGCGGGACAGCGCAUCCUGAGGAAGGCGGCAUGCUGCUGGCGUCAGCAUUUCCUUGCAGGACAGCUUCGCCUGAACGGAUUCCUUGCAGCUGAGAGGAAGGCGGCGGGUUGGAAGGCUUGGUGCCUUGCAGUUCGCAUCUCGCGUGGGCAGCGCCGGAGCAAACGGCUGUUCUUUUUCUGGCGUGCAAAGCUCCAGGCGGCCCGCAGGUGCAAGUUGCGACGCUGCGUCCGCGCCUGGGUCGGAUGCAGCCGUGGUCGUGGCGCUCUCGCCAGGUCGGCCUUUCGCUGCUGGCGUGCCCUCUUCUGCGGAGCCCAGCAGCGCAGGCUGGAGCUCAGCUUUGAGGGGUGGCGGCGGCAUCACCAGGCCUUCAAGCGGGCCAGCACGAUGGCAAUCCUCACCAGGACCAGGCGCAGCCAUCUGGCCUGGAAGGCAUGGCAGCGGCUUCUGCGCCUCCGUCAUGGCUGGAAUGCAGCUCGGGAGCUGUCUGGGGGCUCCCGCGCGCGCCAGGCUUUUGCUUCAUGGCACCGUGCGUCGCGGCACCGAGCAAUCUGUUAUUUGGAGCUCAAGCAGCUCGGGCAUGCUUCUUUGCAACUAUGGCGCUGUGCCGCCCAUGUGGAACAGCGAGGACGGGCAAAGAUGCGCUCAGCUCUGGCAUGCUGGAUUGCUGCAGUCAGCAGGGUGCAAACUAGGCAGCUCGGCCUGAGUCUUCGUGCCUGGCGACAGUGGGCCGGGUCAAGAAGCAAGCUGAGGUCCCAUCUUCAGCUUUGGAAUCUCUUCCGGACGAAGUCGAGGCAGCUGCGCCUGUCUCUUCGACUGCGUCGAUGGAGCUUCCUCGCAAAGGCUGGUGCCUGGGACCGCCAGCAUGUCGCACGGCUGCUGCGCGCCUGGAUGCGUGAGUGUUCGCUCACAGAGGCCCUGGUACGGGAGACCACGCUGCGGCGCUUGCUCCUUGCAUGGCGCUGUGUCCCCCUGCGCUCGCGAGCCGCUCGCCGUCUCUUGGCCGUGGCCCUGGGCGCCCUCCGGGCCGCCGCUCUGCUUGGCCGUGCCACCCGUGACCGCCAGCUGCAGCGCUGCCUCCGCCUCUGGCAGGCUGCAGCUGCAGAGCGCCAGGUCUUGGACAUGGCGUGGGUCGCAUGGCAGCUCUUCCACUCCUCGGUAUGCCUCCUGCGGCUGCGCCGUUGUUUCUGGCUUUGGCGCCGGCUGAAGGCGUGGCGGAGCGAAGAAGGUGUGGUGAAGCAGGCCAUAGAAAGCUGGAGGCAGCGGGCGUCACUGGCCAAAGCCGUGCUCCCGCUGCGCGCUUGGCACAGUCUCCUUUGCCGUCGGCGGCGCUGGCGCCCGUUCGCUGCUUGUUUGCUGCUCAGAUGGCGUUCGGCCACGUUCGAGGCUCGUGGUUUGAAGAGGACAGCGCUCGCUGCCUGGUUCCGAAGUCUCCAGCUCGCGAGGCGCUGCCGACUGAGAAAGGCCCUCACGGCCUGGUGCUUCGCAGAGAUGCUGCGCAGGCAGCGGCUUCAGCUCGCAGAGGCGGUGCUCCGGAGCUGGGGUGCUGCCGUGGAUGCGAGGAAGAGCUUUGCAAUCCGCAUGCGCCACUUCUGGCGCUGCUGCGAGCGAAGUUUGGUGCUGGCUGCAGAAGCCAAUGCUCGAGUGGCCGCUCGCUGCCUGUGUGGCUGGAGGCAGAGGACCCUGCGCCGCGCUGAGCGACGCCGGCGCCAUGCCGCGUGGCUCCAGGCCAUCAGAUUGCAGCCCCUCCGCCGUGCUUUCCGCGGCUUGCAUGCUGCCUGCAGAUACCAAGGUCGCCAGCGGCAGCUGGUUCAAGUCCUGAACAAACUGACUCAGCUUGCUGCAGGGCAGCUGCGUUGCGCCUUUGCCAGGCUCUGCGUUCCCGGGCGGAUCGCGGCGCGAGAGCGCGACGUGGCCCUGGCGAGGCAAAGCCUAGCUUGGGAGGUCCUGGUCGAAAACAUCAGCACGAGCCAGCGCCACAAGGCGGGGCUUCUCCGGCUGCAGCGGCUGAUGCUUCUCCGCGGCUUCCUGGCGCUCCUGGCCGGGCCGCGCCGUGCCAGAGACCAAGCAGCUGAACGGGAGUCUCGUGUGGAAGGUCUCCGGUGCCGCUCUUUGGAAAGGUUGUCAUUGCUCUUCCUGCUCGCCUGGAACCGGGCCGCUCGACGGAGCUGCCUGUCGGACUACCUCCUAAGGGCGGCAGAAGUUUGGCGAAGGUGGGCCUGCAGAGCUGUCCAGGGGCGCCGGCGACUGCAGUCAGCCGCCGCCUUCGCCCAGCGGAAAACUUUGCAGCGCGCCUUCGGCCACUGGGCUGUGGGAAAGCACUGCGGCUCUCUCCGACGCUGGGCACUGCAGGUGCCUCGCUACUGCGCGGCCACGUUGACGCAACGGCAUGCAGUGGACAUGGAAGCGCCCAACUCGACAGCGCUGUGGCACAACGCGCUGAGAGUCGCCCGACUUUCGUGCGCUUCAGCAGCCUAG